AUGAAAUUGGUUUGUAAGGAACUCUCGGAAGAUUGCUGGGAAUUGAUUCUGAAUCGAUUAGCAAUCGAUGACUUCAACUCCUUGCAAUCCCCUUCUCUGGUCUGUAAGCAAUUCCUCUCAAUCACCGAUCGACUUCGACAAAAAUUGGACGCCUCCAACAGAUCCUUCUACAGCAAUAACUGCGAGGGUUUAUUCAGAGCCCUUCAACGAUUCAAAAACCUGCGCGAGAUUGAGCUUUGUGAUCCCAUCUUCGGUGACAAAGCCGAUGUCAAUUACCCCAUUCGAAGAAUCGCUUCUUCCGGGUUGGAUCUUCAAUUUCUCUCUCUCCGCCGAUUACAAAAACCCCCAUUCCCCAAAACUUUUAAGAAACUGGGUUCGACCAUGAACAACUUGAAGAUUCUAAGAUGUUGUUACCUUAAAGUUUUUCGAAAUCACCACCUUGUUGCUAUAGCUGAUGCUUUACCGUGGCUUGAAGAGCUCGAUAUUCAGCUUUCCGGCUUCCGUUCUUAUUAUCAACGAGGUUUCGAUUCUAAGAGCGCUAAGUACAUUGUAACCGAUGUUGGGAUAGAGGUAAUCUCGCGUAAGCUUCGAAGGUUGCGUAAAAUUGAUAUAACAGGGCAGUUUGGUUGUUCUGAUCGAUCUCUCAUUGCUUUGUCAUCGAAUUGUGAGCUUUUGAAUGAAAUCCGAUGUUCUUAUUGCCAUGUAUCUGAACAUGGCAUUUGUUUUGUUCUGCGCCAUAGUCAAAACUUGAUUUCUCUCGAAGCAGGACGCUAUUACUCUUUACCGGAUGAUUCAUUUACUUUUGAGAAUUCCAUGAAUUUUGCACAAUCUUUACGCGAUCUUCGCAUAGAUGCAUUCAAAGAUCAUGAUCGCCUUCUUGGUUCCAUUUCAACAGCGGGCAUUCCAUUAGAGAAGAUUUUAAUCUACGAUGAUUCUGGUUUGAGCUUCCAUGGACUCUCGAAUUUCUUGUGUGCUUGUCCAUCUUUGAAACACUUGCAACUUGUUUCCAUAAAAUUCCUCAAUGACAAUUCCGUGAGGGAAUUAUGCCGGUAUCUUCCUAAUCUUGUGUCCAUAAAGCUUGAUUUUUGUUCAAACAUAACUGCCGCAACCUUCUUCAUCCUUGCAAAAAAAUGCCCUCUUCUUUCGGAAAUUGAACUACAGGAGAUAAAGCUACCAGUUGGAGAUGAUUUUGACAUGGAAUUAGAGAGGAAUUACCGAAUAAUAUCUUUGGAAUUGAGUCAUAUUGGGCAUCUGAAUGAUGAAUUUUUGAGAAAAAUAGGGUUUGUUUGUCCCAACUUACAGAGUCUCAAUGUUACAGGGCUUAACAGAUUGACGAAAGAGGGGAUUGGGGACAUUUUGAAGUGCUGCUCACAGAUUAAGCAUUUGAUAGUGGACAAAACAAGAGAAUUGGGCAUCUUCUUGGAGCAAUUCAAAACUCGGCACAUUGAAAUUGAACACCAUUUCAUCCGAUCAGUCUAG